UACACCCCACUUCAUCAAGCCCCAAUUAAACUCUUCAACACAAAGAAAGCAAAACAAAACGCACAAGGAUUAUAGCAAUGGCAAACAACGAUCAAAACCAAACCGAAGCUGGAAGGCACCAAGAAGUUGGGCACAAGAGCCUUCUCCAGAGUGAUGCCCUUUACCAGUAUAUUCUAGAGACCAGUGUCUACCCAAGAGAACAUGAAGCCAUGAAGGAAUUGAGAGAGUUGACAGCAAAACACCCAUGGAACAUCAUGACCACCUCUGCGGACGAAGGGCAAUUCUUGAACUUGCUCCUUAAGCUUAUCAAUGCAAAGAACACCAUGGAAAUUGGUGUCUACACAGGCUAUUCUCUGCUAGCCACCGCCCUCGCUCUUCCUGAAGAUGGAAAGAUCUUGGCCAUGGACAUUAACAGGGAGAAUUACGAGCUGGGUUUGCCAGUGAUAAAAAAAGCUGGCGUUGAGCACAAAAUUGAAUUCAGAGAAGGUCCUGCUCUCCCAGUUCUGGAUGAAAUGAUGAAAGAUGAGAAGAACCAUGGGAGCUACGAUUUCAUCUUUGUGGAUGCGGACAAGGACAACUACAUAAACUACCACAAGAGGCUGAUUGAGCUGGUGAAAGUUGGGGGUGUGAUCGGGUACGACAACACCCUGUGGAACGGGUCUGUGGUGGCACCCCCUGAUGCGCCUCUCAGGAAGUACGUUAGGUAUUACAGGGACUUCGUGUUGGAGCUGAACAAGGCCCUCGCUGCGGACCCCAGGAUAGAAAUUUGCAUGCUACCGGUUGGUGAUGGAAUCACUCUCUGCCGUCGGAUCAAGUGAUUCUGCCUUCUCAUCACACUCAUCAACCACCUUCACUUCACCCUUCUCAUCAUUGGUCAUCAUUGAGUGGCAGUGGCACCUAAAUGCCUUUUAAAAGCAAUCAACACCUUUUUUUCUUUUCCGCAAAAUAUUCGUGUCUGUAUUUUCCUCCUUUCAUAACGCUGGAUGCAAGUGACUUCUCUUAUUUCAUGUAUUUCCACCAACAUGCCUUGAUUUUAAUGCAAGCCACUUUUCUCUCA